CGUUCCGUUUGAAUAUUUUUUUGCAACAGUUGUGCGGGGUGUUGGAUAAAAACGAUAUUCCGUCGAAUCAGCAACCACCGAAUGCCAAUUUCCGGUAUGUAGUUGUUAUUUGUUCUCAACAUGUGUUUGUGUUGAUCGUGCUUCAUAAUUUUCAGGAAUAGCGAUUCGAAAAUACAGGUGUGAAUUGAUUCGAUAUCUUAUCAAGUUGAAUCGGUUCGCCUCGCCUCUGCGCCCGAUCAGCCGAUUGCAGGGAGACUUGUAUCAAUCGUAGCUGUUUUAACAACAACCCGCUCGUCGGCGGGUGUAGAGUGAGCAGUUUUUGUGCCGUUUCAUAUUUUGUGAUUUGUGGAGGAAAAACGCUAAGAAGAAGGCAAAGAAGAGUAGAGGACGAGAGUGAGAAGAGCGUCUCGAUACCGACAUGGGUUUGUUCGGUCUCUCCGGAAAAGCGACCGCGGUCCUUGCCGGAAUUUACACAUUGAUUCAAGGAUUGGUUUGGUCAAUCGUGGGGAUACUUGCUCUGCUCGUUCACGACUGUGCGAUAAACGUCUCUAGGGAAACCCUUUGGACUUACCGGAUAUACUUGAUCUAUCUCUACAGUGGUCGAUGCGGUCCUGAGGAACUCGAGGUGACCACGGACAACGGAACGGUGACCAUUUCGUGGCCAGAAAUCGAGUCAUGGAUGACCCGCCGAGCGUACAUUUGCAUCGCUGUUUACCUGAGCCUGAGUUUAAUCUGGGUUUUGACCGCCCUCCUUCUCGUCAUUGCGACGUUGUCCGAAUCGAGAGGACGGAACGGUCUGCUACUCAGAGGACCAUGGAUGAUGGUGACGAGCAUUUUUUUGGUCUCGGAUAUUAUUACUGCCAUUUUUUACUCCAUCGACAUCAGUAACACAUACAGUUUAUCGGAUCUCCUGAAAUACUCCGGUUUCCUAGACAUACCACGUGAGAUUUUACAUUCCUCGAGAACUGAUUCGAUAUUUGGCGACUUCACAGCCGAAUCCUCCCUCAUAGCGAUGUUGACCUCUUGCCGUGUGUUUAUCAUCUGGGCACUCAAUGUCGGAAUGCUUCUCCACGUCGCUCAGGACGUCAGGGACUGUGAGCCAGCUUUGCCUGCAUCGGCAGCCCCUGAGCCUCGCCAACCCUACCAACGAUAUCUGCACAAACUUUCCACCAUCGGGCCAGUUCCGGACACCAAGUGGGAUCCUUAUCAGCGGAAACGAUCGGAUCUUCCUGUUAUUAAGCCUCUGAAAUUUCCAUCGCCUCCCAGCGAACGCAAGAGAAAGCAGUCGGAUUAUCAACAAUAUUUAUUCUACGCCAAGCAAGGACCUCAGGUUAAUUACCCCGACGAUAUCGCCUCCGAACCACCGACUCCAGGGGUGGGUGCUGAGCCCAAAACAACGUAUGUGGGAAUAUGGAGAGUGGAAACACCGAAGUUAGAAAUGCCAGGUGAUUCUGAUUGGCACUCGGCUGGAUCUAGCGGAGCCCAUCCCGAUGGGAAUUCGUCGCUGCCAGGACCUGACCUCGACUCUGGUUUCUCUAUAAGACCUUCGACGGACAACAGCACCGACGAAACGGUGUUCGGGAAGACGGUGAACAUGGCGCUGAACAGAGACCGGAUAUCGACGCUGCUGGAACGGAUGUCGGGCUUCUGGAAGCGCUCGACUAGUCGGGAAAUUCGGGCCAUGGCCGGCUACGCCGAGUUCGGUAGAUCGGUUACCAGGGCCUACUUCGUCCUCGGGGUCUCCAGCAUCGCCUCCUUCGUCGGGCAGCCCCUGGUCAACGCUUACAUCGCGAACGCCACCGAGAGCGUCCGCCUCCCUUUCGACGGAUGGGAAAACGUCCUCGGCACCGAGUCCCCCGUCCUAUUCGCCCUGGUUUACGCCGUCCACGUCUUCGCCGGCGCCGCGGCCUCCCUUGCCUCCAUCGGUCACGACUGCCUCUUCGUCGUCUUGAUCCUCCACGUCUGCGCCAAUCUCAAGGGCGUCGCGGUCACCCUGAGGCACCUGAAGGCCUCGCAGGGGCGUCGGGUCGACCAGAGGAUCGUCGAGUGCGCCAAGAAGUUUCAAAGCCUCACCGAGUACACAGAGAGCUUGGAGGGUUUGCUGAGCUUAUUUCUUCUGGCCCAGACGCUUUCCAGCACCUUCGUCAUCUGUCUCACCAGCUUUCUUCUGAACAGGGUGGGUAAGAGCCUCGCUGGAACGACCCCAUCGGAGAACUGUACCCCCCCCCGGAUUUUGCAGGAGAUAAAGUCUAACAACGAAUUGGUGAAGUACGUCGCUUACUGGUCGACCUCGCUCUUUCAACUCCUGGUGUUCUGCUGGGCUGGAAAUUGUCUCCAAACGGAAGCGCUCCUCGAGAGAUCCAAAUCGGAUCGAAUACCUCGCGCGGACGAAGACAGACGGCGGAGAACUAUUAUCGUGGAAAAGAAAAAUGGCACCUACGGUUUUACCUUGCAGAGCUAUGGAAUCCACUACAAACGAGAACAGGAAAUUGAGAUGGUCACGUACGUCGACUACAUCGAAUACGACGGACCGGCUUUCAAAGCCGGCAUGCGUGAGGGCGACGUGAUAUUGUCGAUAAAUGGACACGAAAUGGAUCGCGCCGACCACAAGACGUUGGUCAGUUUCAUAAAGAAUUGCGACGCCAGAAUGCGAAUGGUCGUCCUGUUCGAGGAUUGCGUGAAAAAGGUCGAGCUGCAUAUGCGUUACAUCGAGCUUCAGCGCGCUCUGCAAUCCCGCUUAGGCGAAUUGGAACGGUUGUGCGAACGCGAGCGGUCCAUUCUCGUUGGCAGAUGGAAAACGCACUCGCUUCCGGCCCGGAAACGGACCCCGAGUACGGUAACCAGUACGACGAGCAAUCAAAGCCAACCUUCGCCGUCCUCCAGUUUCGCGUCUUCUGCAACGCCUUGUUGUAGGCCCGCCGCUUCCACGGAACAUCUUCUUCUUUACAGCGUUUACGCCGAUGGGAGACCUUGCCUCGUGCCCAGAAGUGCUGCGUGUCUGGUGACCAUUGGCCCUCCUCGGUCUCGCAGCGAUCAUCAUCACUUUCUGUCGAAAGGAGGUGCGAACGAAAUACAGAUAGGCGUCUCGUCUCGGUAUAGCUAUCACCAGGCGAAUGGCAUAAUAAACGCUGCUGGCCCGGGGUGUCUGAAAAGUCAAAACCACAAUAAAUCAUCCGUACAACAACAGCAACUGCAACAACAGCAGCAGCAAUGUUCAGGGUCCGGUGUCGAGUCCCAGGGCUCGCCGCACCCCAAUUCUUCCAACAACGGACUCUGCGUCGCUUGCAUACCGGGGGCAGGAGGGAGAGGAGAACCGUCCGAAGGUGGUAGCCUCGACGCCUACGAUUUAGCUAGCCCCUGUUGCGAUCCAAAUUGUGUGCCCAGCAGACGGCGUAGGGAAAAACAACGGAGGGCCAGAAACGAACAGAACGCUCAACAACAACAACAGCAACAACAACAACAACAACAACAACAACAACAACAACAACAACAACAACAACAGCAGCAGCAGCAACAGCAACAGCAUCAGAGAGAACAGCAUGCUGCUCAUGCUUGUUCGAGAGCUUCCGGUCACAGUUUGCAUUCGAUAACGAGCAGUGAAGUUUCAACGGCAGCUGACAGCGUCGCUUCUUGUUCAACUUCGUUGAGUACGGACACUCUGUAUUGGGAUCCGAGUGUGCAUCAGCGUCCACCGCCGUGUUUGCAAUACGCCAAGCCAAAAUCUUGGGAUAAUUUGACAACGAAAGCUUUUGGCGGAUACGGUUUUGGUUAUGGAUAUCUGGACACAGGUACGAUAAAAACGCACAGCGCAGAAAGACCUCCCAAAAGUUCGUCGCACGGUAGAUCUAAAACGCCCAAUUCGUCGUCUGCUUCGACGGGCCAAAGAUCUGCCAGAUCUUCGGCUGGAGGUAGUACGGUUUAUUCGUCGCAUCAACAACACGGGUGCAAUCACUCCGGACAUUCAGUGAGACAGUUUCAGCCCACAAAAUCAACGGAAAGUCUUCUACUUCCACCCACUGCUUAUUUACAGGGAGAUUUAGACGCUAGUCAUAGCUGCGAAUGUCUAGACGGACCUAGUCCAAGGUUCGUGCAGGUUUUACUCGAGAAACAUAAGAGGCAGGAUGAAGUUGCUUAUGUUACUACUGCGGUGAGCCAUUCGCAGGCUAGGCAUCGAAGAGCAAGUCAUUCGGAGGCUAAAUUGAGAUCCGCUGUCAACAACUCCGAAGUAACACGACUGUAACGCAUCGAUAUGGUUAGUACGAUAUCGUAGAAGGCGAUACAAAUUAUAUUCUGAAGAUAUAUUGCGCUAGAAUAAUUAUAAUGUGUAACGCCAAGGACAUCGCGAGUUGUAUUCCAUGUAGAUGAAUGUUUUUAAUAAUGUAAUGAAAACUUCUAAAGCCAUCGCACAAUCAACGUAGCCAAGUUGUUAAAGGAUACUAUACAUCGACUUUAUAAUGAUAUACUAUUUAUGUACAUAUGUUCCUUCGUAUGAAUAAUAUCUCAAUUCUAAGGCUGAAUUAUAUACGGUAGAAUUAUAAAUCGAUUAUAUUAUACGAUCAAUGCAUGAUCGUAUGCUGCUUGUUUACUGAAGUAUGUAACUUAACCAUUCCAAAGUCAAUAUGACAGACCGAUCCGUAGAUCGGAAUAAUUUUCCCGGUAUAUGUGUCGUAAUCCUAACUCAUAGUUUUUCUAUAAUGUCUCUAAAAAUGGAACAAUUGACCUAAUUAUAUUUAGUUACGCGCAUGAAUUUCCAUCUGUACUUUAAUGUAAAAAGUUCAGAUACUGUAAUACCUAUACUAUAGUAUACAUAUAAACGAUCCGCUUUAUGAAAUGUUUACAUAUGUCAGUAUUAGGUGACUAUAUCUCAUGCAAUUCAUAAAAUCAUGUACAAUAACGCAAUAAAGUUGUUAUCAGGAAAAAA